AUGAGUAAAGUAAAGGGUGGAAUCGACUAUACUCCUAGAUUAACGACUGGAGCGAAUGGAGAGACGAAAAAGUAGUCGAAUGGCCUUAAUCCCACAAAUAAGACAUCACAAAAAUAUUCAAGCAAUUUAAAUAAUAAUUAGUAGCAAACCUAUCAAACAGGUAACAGCGGAACAUACCCUGGAGUGUAACGUAAUUCUUCUACUCAAUAGGGUAAUUAUUAGUAUCAGUAUAGAGGAAACAACUCCACUAAUGUUCCCUCUUCCAAUGUAGAGCAGCAAUUUUCUUAAACCGCGAAUUCUGCUUUUUCUUAGUGGAAUCAGCAGUAAAAACAAUAAAACAUUGCUUAGCAAACUCAACAGCAGCAAAUUAGUUUAGGUUAAACAAGUUAGCAGCCUGCUCCAAAUAAAUAUUAGCAGCAAAAUACAAUUGAGAACCAAAAUACCAUAGAAUACGAGGAUCAAAACAUGUAAAGCUUACAAACGGGCAGUUCGCAAACUACUGUACUAACAAAUAACAGCUAACUUGGCAAGAGCGAUUUGUUUAUGUAAAACUAUAGAGUUUCAAAUACGUAUAGACCAAUUUCUUCUCAAAACAACAUCAAUGCAAAUCAAGAAAAGGUUUAAGAUAAUUCUCAUUUAAAGAAGUAGCCUAACCAGCUCAAAGUAAAGUUAAAUAAAAGCUCAAAAAGCGAAACCCCGCUUAAACCAGGGCCUAAAGAUUAAUCAAUUAAUUAGUAAGUUUAACAAUAGCAGAACCAGCAGCCAAAUGUUUAGCAAAUUAAUACGUAUCAAAGUCAAUAUAAUCAGUAUCAAAAUGGACUAAUAUCUGCAACAGCUUUAUCUACAAAAGCAAAUUAAAACAACGUUAAUAUUCCAUCUAUUCCUUAAAACGCUAGCAAUGAAUCUUCUUCUACUCCACAAGGAAAUUUUAAUUAGAACAGCAAUUAGCAGUAACAAUAAUAAGUGUAAUAGCAAAUGAUUACACCUGAAAUUUAAACGAACGUCAGUUUGAUGAAUCAAUAAUAGUAGCUUAAUAAUCUUAAUUAAGGAAAUAUUAUGAGCAAUAACAGCAAUAUUUAUUCAAAAUACACUGGAUAAUUGCGGUACGAUAGUGCAGCAUUGAGAUAUGGAACAGCCCAUUCUUAGCAUAAUUAAAAUAAUCCUUAGUUUGGGAUGCAAUACAGCUAAAGAGUUCUCUCUCCUAAAACAGAGCCAAGCGAAUUCUUAACUAAUUUGACUUCUUAAAAUUUUUAUUAGAACUCUAAUGCAGCAAACUCAUACAAGACUCGUUCUCCUUAUAAAUAUAAUUUAAAGGACAAAGAUGCAUCAGUGCAAAAUACAGUCAAUCUAAACCCUGUUUAAUCUGGUCCAAUAGGUCCGAAAUUUGGAGCAACUCAAUAUAAUACAAUGAGUUACACUCAGAAUUCAGAAAAUAUUUAGUCUAAUAAUAUAAAUACUAAAAUAAAUACUGCUAACAAUAAUAGCAAUAAUAGCAACCCAUCUAGUUAAAACCAAUAUCAAAAUAAAAGCCCCUCAAGAAAUUCUCAAAGCACGUUGGCUAUUAAGCAAAACCAGCCUCACAGCAAUAAUUUAAAUGACUUAGGAUUGGUUAGGAAAUCAUAAACACCCAAAAAAACCUAUCCAUAGGGUAAUAACAACAUCACACCAUUUAGCAAUAACACUAAUAACGAUGCAAAUAUCACUUAAAAUACAAGUAAAUAGAAUAAUUUUGAAACAGAUGGAAACAGUAGAGUGAGUCCAGUUCGUAAAAAUGUUCAACCUUAGAAGGAUUUAUCUGAAAUGUUUUUAAUAAGAGAUUAAGAUACAGGCCAAGUGUAUGACAUUAGACAAAUAGAUAAAAUUGACACAUUCUAGAAAACCAAUAACUAGGAAUACUUUGAUAAGUUAAAAAAACGCCACAAAAAUGCUUGGUAAGGUUGGUGGAAUUCUAAGAAAGAAAAUAAUAUAAAAAUGAUUUAGAGUGUCAGGUAAAACAGCUUUUCUAUUAUUGAAUAGCUACUUCAACAUGAAAGAGCUGACUUAAGAGCUGAUACUGAUUUUAAAGAUUAAAACUAGUGGUCAAGUAUUCAUUAUGCUGCUUACAAUGGAAAUGCAAGUAUUUUAAAUUUAUUGAUUUCUCAUGACGCAGAUGUAAAUAUUACUAACAAUCUAGAACAAACUGCACUUAUGAUUGCUGCAGAAAAGGGGUUCGAUGAGAUAGUUGAUAUUUGUAUAAAGGCAGGGGCAGAAAUAAACAGAUAGGAUCUCAAUCAAAAUACAGCUCUUCAUUUUGCAUGCAAAAAUAAUAGUGCUUAAUGUGUUCGCUUGCUGUUAUUAUGCAAAAAUAUAGAUGUAAAUUUAAAAAAUGUAGAAAACAAACUUGCUAUUGAGUGCACUAAAAAUACUGACAUUAUUAAUGUAUUUGUAGAACUAAAAAAAGAUAAUGGAUAUGCAAAUUAAAUGUAUAUGAAUAAUAGCAAUAAUAACAAUAACACUACUAAUAACAACAAUUCAAAUAAUACUAAUAAUGAAAAUAGUGAAUAUAACUCUUAGAAAGGGAAGAAAAGACAUACAGUAAAUCAUCUUUCAGAGGAUACUACUUCUUAAAAUCAGAUUAUUUCAAAUACAUCUAAUUCUAACUUUAAUACUACGCCAAACUAAUUCUCUUAGAAUAAAGGUACACAUUAUUAGCAAAGAGGUACUACUACAUAUGAGCAGAUAUUAAGUUAAUCUGCUCUAAGUGGCUUUUAUAGCUAAAAGUUGACCCUCUCAUCUAAUUAUGGAUAGGCAAGUAUGAAUAACUCAAACAAGGGCGGAGGAGAAAAGCAAGCCUAAGGAGGGUUACAUCACUCUAAUUCUGUUUAAUCUAACCCAUAGGAAAAAUAAGUCAACCAACAUACAGAUAAUUAAAAGAGAUCCUUCGAGGUGACUAAAUAAUACUCAAACAGCGGUGUAAUGAGCAGUAGUACUAACAACAGAAAUUCAAACUCUAACUCUAAAAGUGGAGGAACAAUGUACGGAUUAGAAGGUUCACCAAAUAAGGCAUACACCUAAAGCAUAUCAAGCUAAGAAUCCUCUCUAAGUUCUUAGAACUAGCUCACAGACUCUCAAAUAAAUAACAAUGGAUCUAAUCUCUAUGGUUAAUAAAGUAAUUAAUAGCCUUGGAGAGUUAUAAUUCACGAUUUCCCAAACGAAAGUGUAAUGAAAAUGUUUAGUAACUCACCAAGAAAAGAUAAAUCUAGUAACACAAGCAGUGGUAAUUAUAAUAAUAACCAAGGAGGCUAGAAUAACGUGCCAAAUAAUGCUAACAACAAUAUAAAUACAAAUGUUUCAACAAAUGAGACUAUAACAAAUUCAGGAUAAUAUACUAAUAAUUAAUACAUCAAUCAUGAGUAAACUCUAUCUCCUACUUAAAAGCACCAUAAAAUACAAAGCUAAGAUUCUUCUCAGCUAAGCAAACCAAAUUAAUAGCAGCAGUUAUCAUAACAAUAACAAAUGUAGCAGUAAUAGCAAAACUAAUAAUUAAAUUAAGCAUAUGAAAUGCAAAGUUAAAAAGUUGGACCUUAAGAUUUUAGAAUAGUAAAUUAAAUAGGUAGAGGCUCAUUUGGAGAAGUAUAUCUUGUUGAAAAAAAAGGAUCAGACCAAUAUUAUGCAAUGAAAAUGCUCCACAAAUCUAAAGUUUUAGGAUAAAACUUAACGAAAUACGCAAUGACAGAAAGAAACGUUUUAAGCAUAAUGAGUCACCCAUUCAUAGUCAAACUCAUGUAUGCUUUCCAAACAAGUAAAGAUCUUUUCUUGAUUAUGGAAUACAUGCCAGGUGGUGAUUUAAGUCACGCUCUUUAAAGAGAUAAAAGAUUCAGCGAACAAAGAGCUCGUAUAUAUUUGUCAGAAAUUAUGCUAGCAAUAAAGCAUCUUCAUAAACAUGAUAUUAUUUACAGGGAUCUUAAGCCAGAGAAUAUUGUUAUCGAUGGUGAAGGUCAUGCUAUGUUAACAGAUUUCGGUUUAUCUAAAGACGGUGUUUAUGAUCAUUACUCAACUCACUCUUUCUGUGGUUCAUUGGCAUAUCUAGCUCCAGAAAUGCUUAAAAGGUGUGGUCAUGGAAAAGCAGUUGAUUACUACCAUUUAGGUGUUUUACUUUACGAAAUGCUGACAGGAUCUCCUCCAUUCUUUAGUGAUUCUAAAGACGAAAUCUGCCACAAUAUAGAAUUUUAAGAAAUAAGGUUCCCAAGUUACGUCUCAGACAAUGCAAGAAAUCUAAUUUCUAGACUUCUUGUUAAAAAUCCUCAAAAGAGACUUGGCUUUGGCAAGAACGAUUUUGAAGAAAUAAAAAAACAUCCUUUCUUUAAUGGAUUUAAUUGGACUCAUGCAAUAUAAAGAAAACUGAAACCUCCUCCACCAUACAUAAAACCUAUUGUUGAUAGCAAAAAUAGUGGCACGCCUAAUUUCAUGAUGACCAUGACCCCUUUAGGUAUGGCAACUGACAAUCAUGUGAAUGGAUGGUCUUUCAUAAACAAUUUUGAAAAUAAUGGGCUUAACAAUAAUACUAAUAAUAAUAACAAUUAAAAUAAUAACAAUAAUAAUAAUAUAUAAAUAAUCCACAAUCAUAAUUAUAGUAGUGGAAAUAGUCGCAUUACUAACAAAUUUUGA